AUGUUGAAACGCCGAAAUCUGUUCAAUUGGUUCGGUUCAAACCUCAGUUGUGUUACAUAUGUAAACUCUAUCCAUUCAGUUGUCUGUGCAAUAUCAGGCGGUGUAGAUAGUGCUGUAUCUGCAUAUCUUCUCAAGAAGAGAGGAUUUCAAGUCAAAGGUGUAUUUAUGACUAACUGGGAUUCCUUGGAUGAAAAUACUGACUGUUCUUUAGACAAAGACCGUCAAGAUGCUCAGUUUGUUUGUGAUCAUUUGGGGAUACCUUUUUUCGAGAAAAAUUUUGUUAAAGAAUAUUGGAAUUACGUGUUUUUACCGCUUAUCAAGUCCUAUGAGCAGGGAGCUACACCAAAUCCAGAUAUAUUGUGUAAUAGAUUUGUAAAAUUCAAUUUGCUAACAAGGGCAGUGUUAAAAAGCAAGAACCAAUGCGCUGAUGAUGACGUUCAAGCAUCUUCAAAUUUGGCUGCAGACGCAAUUGCCACUGGCCAUUACUGUCAAAAUUCUUUUGGGAAUUAUCUGCAAUACCGAAAGGACAAUAUUGAGGCCAGAUUAUUACGUUCUGUUGAUAGAGUGAAAGACCAGACAUUUUGGCUAUCGACUAUUUCUCACAAAGAACUUCCAUAUUGUAUGUUUCCAGUUGGCGAUCUAUUAAAAACCCAAGUGAAACAAAUUGCUCAAGAUAUUGGCCUUUCUCGUAUAUACUCCAGACGUGAAAGUAUGGGAAUGUGUUUUAUUGGUAAAAGGCGAUUCUCAGAGUUUAUUGAUAAUUAUUUGGAACCAAAGCCUGGCGUUUAUAAAGAUCUUGAAACUGAUCAAGUUUUGGAAGAGCAUACAGGUGUACAUCAUUUUACUUUGGGUCAACGAAUUCCUAUUAAACGUUUUAAUGGACCUUAUUAUGUUAGUAAAAUGGAUUGUCACAAUCAAAUAAUUUAUGUAGUACGUGACCCAGCCCACCCAAGUUUGUUUAUGCGCAAGUGUUGGUGUGGUCCUGCAGUUUGGAUAAACUCUGAGCCAUUUUCAUCUAUAAACUCGAGGAAUAUUCAAUUCCAAUGGCAAAACAAAUGGCGUCCAGUUAACUGUAUUUUAAAACCUUUCAGUGACAUAUCUUUGGCGUCAGCUUACCUUAGGAAAGACAUGAAACGAUGUCUUUCUAGCUCAGACAAUGCAACACUCGCCAGUGUAAUCGAUGCAUCCAUUGAAGAUAACAGAGAGGUUGGACCAUGCUUAUCAAUUGAAUUAGAAGCGCCAAUGCGUUGUAUCGCACCGGGACAAUGGUGUGCAUUUUAUGAUAAUGACAUAUGUUUAGGUGGAGCAAUGAUAUGCGGUUCAAUAAGUCUUUGGGAAGAAGGGCAAAACACUUCAUAUCAUGAGUGGAAUCAUGGCGACUACGAAUUGACAUAUGGUUAA